AUGCUGCCUGGAGAGGAAUGCUGGGUCCCCACGGUCUCCGCGGCUCAAACGACAAUGACUGCGGCUUCUCCGCACCUGCGCAGAACACCGCCUCAUCCUGACGAACACGUUCUUCUGUCUGGCGGAGCGAGAGAAGGCCACCUGGAGGCAUCCUCGGUCGCGUCAGUGGCACCUUUUGGACUAUGUCCUCGUCCGGAGGCGAGAUCAGCGGGACGUGCUGGUGACAAAGAAGAUCGCGGGUGCUGACGGGUGGACUGACCAUCGCCUCGUCAUCUCGAAGAUGCGUAUUCGCCUACAGCCUCGCAGGCGACCACAAGGUAAGCGACCCCCAGGUAAGCUGAAUACUGCCUUGUUGUAUUUGCCCGCUCACCAUCUUCAAUUCAGCAAUGAGCUAGCUCAACGAUUAGAAAACCUUCCAAUCGCUGCCGCUACCGAGAACGCCUCCGUGGAGAACCGAUGGUGUCAACUGUGGGACACGGUCCAGUCGACGGCGCUAGCCGUCCUCGGUCGCGCCCGCCGUCAACACCAGAACUGGUUCGACGACAACGACGUCGCCAUCAGCAAUCUGCUCGCCGAGAAGAACCGCCUACAUAAAACCUACGUACAGUGAGUGAUCUAUCUCAUGAAAUGUUAGCUGAAAUUCUGAAAUGUGUUUUCGAUUAGGAAGGAUUAAUUGGUCGCGGUUGUAAUACUAAAUACGGUAUACUCUUAUAUACUCUUAUAUACUCUUAUAAUAUUUCGGACUCGGCAGGAUGUCGGCUUUUAAAUGCACUUCUUUCCAAUCUCCUGUAGAAAGCGUGCUCCGUAAAAAAUGACUACUUAAUUAGCAUGCAUUUUUCCCAUUGAUUUUCGAAGGUCUUGGAAAUUCAAAUAUAUUUCAAAGAAAUCAUAUACAAAAAUAUGCUUUCUUUUAGUCAAUCAAUAGAGAAUCACGUCUUCUUUAUAUUUUUAUACUUAAGAAAGGAAUAUAAUUCGGUUUUGAGAAAGUUUUCUAGUUGCCGAAUAAUAUUGAGCCUGAUCAUUCGUUGCAUUAGCGCUUAGUGAUUACACUCUACACGGUGCCUGCGUUUUGCGUAAAGAAAAUCCCAUAUUUUUCUAUGCCAUUAAAGAGAUAUCAUACAGAGUCCAUAAAAUUGUUCAAUGGAUGCGGACCAUGUUGUACAUUACAUGAGGAGCAGUGGUAAACGGACAGGUACGAAGCUAUGUGAAUGGACAUUUCGCGGUCUUAAAAUGUGUCAUAAUUAGAAACUAUUUAAACCCUAAUUAUACUCCUUCCUUAAGUAUAAACUAUAAAGAAGACGUAAUUCACUAUUGAUUGACUAAAAGAAAGCAUAUUUUUGUUUAUGGUUUCCACAAAAUAUAUUUGAAUUUCCAAGACCAUCGAAAAUUAAUGGGAAAAAUGCAUGCUAAUUAAGUAGUCAUUUUUUACCGAGCACGCUUUCUACAGGAGAUUGAAAAGAAAUGCAUUUAAAAGCCGACAUCCUGCCGAGUCCAAAAUGUUAUAAGAGUAUGUCUUAAGAUAGUCAGUAUUACAACCGCGACCAAGUAAUCCUUCCUAAUCGAAAACGCAUUUUAGAUUUUCAGCCAACAUUUCAUGAGAUAGGUCACUCACUGUAGAUCACCCCACUGAUGACAACAAUGCUGCUUUCUACCGCAGUCGCCGCCACCUUCAGCAACCACUGCGCGAGAUACAGGACGCCUGGACUGCUCGCAAAGCUGAGGAGAUCCAGGGGUACGCAAAACGCAGCGAAUGGAAGAACUUCUUCUCCGCGAUCAAAGCUGUCUACGAUCCACCGACGAAGGGCACUGUUCACCUCCUCAGCGCCGACUUUAGCACUCUCCUGACUGAGAAAACGCAAAUCCUACAGCGAUGGGGCGAGCAUUUCCGAGGCGUACUCAACCGCCCUUGCACCAUCUCCGACGUCGCCAUCGACCGUUUGCCGCAAGUGGAGACCAACGUGAACCUCGACCACCCGUCAUCUCUCCGGGAAACCAUCAGGGCCGUGCAGCAGCUCUCCAGCAGGCAAGCACCCGGAUCGGAUGCGAUCCCGGAGGUCCACAACUACUGGAUUAGCUGAGUGCGCUCUUCCAGGAAAUGUGGCGUGAAGGUGAAGUCCCGGAAGAUUUCAAGGAUGCAACCAUCGUGCAUCUCUACAAGCGAAAAGAAACCGCCAAGUCUGCGACAAUAAUCGUGGCAUCUCCUUGCUGAAAAUCCCGGAAGAUCUUUGCUCGCAUCCUCCUCAACCGCCUGAACAACCAUCGGGAACAGGGCCUUCUGCCUGAAGGCCAAUGCGGCUUCCGUCAUCAUCGUGGGACCACGGAUAUGAUCUUCGCCGCCCGUCAACUUCAGGAGAAGUGCCAGGACAUGCGGACCCACCUGUACUCUACCUUUGUGGACCUGAAGAAAGCCUUCGACACGGUGUAUCGUGAAGGACUGUGGAAGAUCAUGCAGAAAUUCGGCUGUCCAGAGCGAUUUACUCAGAUGGUGCGUCAGCUGCACGACUGUAUUAUGGCGCGAGUCACGGACAACGGAGCUGUCUCAGAGGCAUUCGUUGUGACCAACGGAGAGAAGCAGGGAUGCGUGCUGACGCCUACCCUCUUCAGUCUUAUGCUCUAUGCCAUGCUGAUGGACGCCCAUCGUGAUGAGCACCCCUGGAUUCGCAUCGCCUACAGGACGGACGGUCACCUCCUGAAUCAACGGCGGAUGCACUCCUAA